AUGAAGCCUCCUGUUCUUGUUGGGAAUGUUCUCUACUGGCUGCUCGUGGAGAACUGCAUCCUUGAGUUCAACAUGGAUGCCAAGAGCUUGGCUGUGAAUGUGGUUUCUGGCCCAGAUCUUAUGUAUUUUCCGGCUCCGAAUUGGAGUCUGCAGAUUAUGCUGGCUGAGGGUGGUAGCAAGCUUGGCUUCGGCGCAGUGAAAUUUUUGUACCUCAAGCUGUGGGUGCGCAAGAGUGACUCGGAUAGCACUGCCAGUUGGGUGAUGAGGAAGAGAAUUAAACUGUGCAUGUUCAUUCCUCCUCCUCAUCCACCAUUGCGGCAAUUGGAGGCGCUUUUUGAUCGAUUGAUAGCGUGGUCUGGGCUACUUGGUUUUACUGAGGAUGGUAGUGUGGCAUUUCUACAGACGCCAAAUGGCGUCAUCAUGCUCCAGCUUGAUACUAUGGAGUUCAAGCUGGUGCUCCCUAUGGAGAGGUUGCAUUGGGUUUAUCCCCAUUCAAGCUUCUAUUUGACAGGUACAUCUGUUCGUGAUUCUAGCAAGUAA